AGAAAGAUAUUUUAUUGCCUACCUCCUGAGACCGCCUGCCAGGACAGCCAGAGACUCAUCAAGCAAUUUAAGAGAGGGGUGGAGAGGAGGAUGUUGCUUAGCAACAUCACAAUAAAACAGCUGUUCAGCUUUUGAACCACAGAAGAAGAAAAAAACUAUCCUGACAUGCACAGAGCAUCAAAUAAUAAAGUCAACACAUUUUAAUAUAUUAUUCAACACGUCUGUUCUGCUACAUAUGUUUCUAGGCUGAUGUAUAGGCUAGUCUUUUCUUGACAGCACAGGAGCCAGAACAGUCCAAUGUGUUUCUUGUAGUUUGACUAUUGUUGUUUUUGUGGUGUGGUCUGGACAAUGGCCAUAUGACCAAUUGCUGUCACAGCUGGACUUUCCACUUGCUACAUUUUUCACGGGAAACAAGGAGGGGCUUGCGCGUAUGGUGGCAAUAGUGGGAGGGUCCAGACGCUUAUUCAGUCUGUUAAUUUCACAGAAGGGGCAUUGGGUGGGACUCAAGAACCACAUAGUCCUUACUCCCCAUCAAUUCGAAAUCACGUGAAGGACUGACAUAACGGAACGAGUAGAGUAGUAGUGGGAAUGGUAGAAUAUUAGAACGUGUAGUGAUGAGCGUUUGGUUCAAUUUUCCAGUUCAAAGUUUUUCUCGGGUGGAUAUGAUUAAUUCAUUAAUUAGCUAGGCUAUGAUUGUGAGCACUGAUGACAGUUGGCGAGGGAUCCACAUAUAUGUUAAUAUUGUAAUAUAGAGAUAUGGCGUUGAAAGAGGCAAUGGAAAAGACCCUAUCAUUUGAGAUGACUUGGGGCAGCACGACCAGCAGCGGAUACUGUAGCCAGGAUGACUCGGACUCGGAGCUGGAGCAGUUUUUCACAGCGCGCACAUCCUUCUUUAUCAAAGUCAAAAGGAAAAAGAUUGAACCUAUUGACUGGGGGAAACAAGUGCUGUCUGUCGGUGACAUCCAGCAGAAGGUGAAGGAAUAUAAUGCUCAGAUCAACAGCAAUCUCUACAUGGUGCUGAACCGAGACGGAUCCUACACUGGCUUCAUCAGGGUCCUUUUUAAACUGACUCGGCCCGUGUCACUCCCACCCCCUCGGAAGGCGUCUUCACCACAGGAAGAGGGACAACAGGAGGGGGGGCUUAAGCACCGGACAUCUUUCUACCUCCCCAAAGACACGGCCAAACACCUGCACAUAAGCUCCCAGACGCGGGCACGUGAGGUCAUAGAGGCCCUGCUCAACAAGUUCACCGUGGUGGACAACCCUGCCAAGUUUGCUCUGUUUGAGCGCAGCGAACGUGAAAACCAGAUAUACCUUCGUAAGUUGUCUGAUGACGAGAGACCGCUCCACCUGCGUCUGUGUGCCGGACCCAAUGAGAAAGUCCUCAGUCUGGUGUUGAAAGAGAAUGAGACGGGGGAGGUCAAUUGGGAUGCAUUCAGCUUUCCUGAGCUGCGUAAUUUCCUGCGGAUCCUUCAGCGUGAGGAAGAGGAGCACAUCCGGCAGAUAGUCAAGCGCUACGCUCUGGCCAGGGAUAGGAUGAAGGAGGCCAUGGCCAGCAUCACCACCCCCGGCUGAUGUGAUGGCAUGAUGGGUGACAUCAUGGUAGAGAGGCAUACACACUGUUGACCAGCGGCCACCAGGAGCAUGGCACACAAUGCCACUCUUGAGUUCAAAGUUCAAAUGUCUUUAGUGCUGACCCUGCUGUAGCAGAUAGAGCACAGCACAGCAACCCCUGCAGCUGUGAAGGGCAACUAGGGCCAAUAGGGGGUUAGGUAGGGGGCGACACCGGAAGUCAGAGAUCAAUCAUGAACACGUCUUUGAGACAGACAAGGUAAUAGCAGUGCAAGUUAGGAGAGAGAGUAGAGGUAUUUAGUGCAAACCAGUAGGCUACUGCUACGUGUUGUGUGGCCUGGAUUGGGCAUUACUGUGAAGGACAGGAGGAAGUUAUCUGAGGAAUGAGGACAGACAAUACUGUCAUUGACUGGACACCUAGGAGAUAUCCUGGUCUGGACACUGCUUAACUGGAGAACUGGAGUUUUUCACUGGGAACAUUGUAUGUUGCUGUUCAGUUGUUGUGGGGGGGAUUGGGUAAAUAAAGAUGUAACUGUAUUGAGCUGUUGUUACUCUCAUAUUUCCCCUUUGUCGUUAAUAACGGGAUCCUUGAAUGUGUCUGACAUGUCAAUCUGUUGCAGACCAGGGUUGUGUUCAAUAGGGCAUACUGCAGCAAAAUGUUUUGCAAUUGAAAACAAAAUUCUGUGUUCUUAUUGGGACAGUUUAGGUCUCUCCCCGUUUCAAAAACGUUUUCUUCCUACUAAACAUGGUCCAGCUUUCUGGGAAGCCAUCUGCCCUAAUUACUCAGAGAAAUCCUGUGAACUUUUAAUUAGCCUGUAAUGCAUGUUUUACUAUGGGAAUGAAUAUCUAGGGAACAGAAUCUGUUGUAAUGUGUUUAUACUUCCACUUCUAAUAAAAAUAUAACACAUGAA